CUUUCUUCUUCCUUUUAACAACACAAUUCCAUUCCUCAACUUUUCAAUCUCAUCCCUCUCAAUUUCUCUCAAAACUCCAUUCCUCUCAACUUCUCAACAACACUUAAGAAGGCAGAAUCUUGGAAUAAAGCUCUGAUAUUUUGAAGGAAAUUUUCAAAGUCUACACCAAAGUUGUCUUCAAAUAAGUAUGGAACAUUACCAAUUUUAUCGUAGUUGGAUGUACGAUAGAAUGUUUCCUGGACGACGUGGGCUUAAACCACUUUUUAUGGAAGGAGUUGCCGCGUUUCUCUCGUAUGCGUUUGCUCAAGAAUGUUGUCGCAGGGAAGGAGGGGUAAGGUGUCCGUGUUUAAAGUGUGGUUGCAGAAAUAUUAUCAGUGACCCUAGUGAAGUGAAGCGUCACUUGGAGAGAGUGGGUUUUAGGCCAAAUUACUGGGUUUGGACAUCUAAUGGGGAAACAAUGCAGGAGAUGAAUAGAGAGGCUUCUAGCAGUCAAACUCAUAUAGAACCAGAUAUAAAUAGAGUUGAUCCAGGGAGUAGUUCAUCACAUAUGCAGUGCCAGGAGCAAUUUAAUCUUGUCGAGGAGAUGUUCACUGACGCAUUAGGGGUGAAUGUGGCGUAUGAUGAACCACAAGACUUAGAUGGAGAAGAGCUCCCGAAUGAGAAAGCUCAAAGGUUUUAUCAGCUGUUGAAAGAAAUAAAUAUACCAUUGUUUGAGGGGUCUUCUGACUCUAAGCUAUCAAUGUGUGUGAGACUUUUGGCUGCGAAAUCAAAUUGGAAUGUUCCUGAUCAGUGUUUAGAAUUCUUUGCGAGAUUGAUGUUGGACGCGACUCCUGUGAAAGAAAACAUGCCUACAAGUUAUUAUGAUGCAAAGAGGGUGGUGUCGAAGUUGGGAUUAGAAGUUAAAAAGAUUGAUUGUUGCAUUAGAGGUUGCAUGUUGUUUUAUGACAACGAAUUUGGUACAAAUGAUGGGGAAUUGGAGGAAUGUAAGUUUUGCGAGAGUCCGAGGUAUUUAGUUAGCAGUAAAGGAGUUGACCAAAGACAAAAUCGCAUUGCAGUGAAAUCUAUGUUCUAUCUACCAAUAAUACCUAGGUUGCAAAGAAUGUUUGCAUCAAUGCACAGUGCAAGCCAAAUGGCAUGGCACCAUACAAACAGAAUUAGUUCAGGCAUGAUGCGACAUCCAUCUGAUGGCGAGGCAUGGAAACACUUUGAUAGAGUUCAUCCUGAAUUUGCACUUGAACCUAGGAAUGUCCGACUUGGAUUAUGCUCAGAUGGUUUCACUCCUUAUAAUUUUUCAGGAAAUGCAUAUUCUUGUUGGCCAGUUAUUGUUACCCCGUACAAUCUCCCUCCUGAGAUGUGCAUGACGAAACCUUACAUGUUUUUGACAUGCAUCAUUCCGGGACCGUCGAGUCCAAAGGCGGGAAUCGAUGUUUAUUUGCAACCUUUAAUUGAUGAUCUCAAGAGGCUGUGGGUGGGAGCGUGGACUUAUGAUGUGUCUCGUAAACAAAAUUUUAAUAUGCGAGCGGCUUUGAUGUGGACAAUUAAUGACUUUCCUGCAUAUGGCAUGUUGUCUGGAUGGGGUACACAUGGUAAAAUGGGAUGUCCGCAUUGCAUGAAUCACACAAAAGCGUUUACUUUGGACUUUGGUGGGAAAAGUUCGUGGUUUGACUGUCAUCGUAGGUUCUUACCUACCAACCAUGAAUUUAGAAGGAAUAAAGAUGCUUUUAGAAAAGGAAUAAAAGUAAAAGAUCUACCUCCCCCUCGAUUGUCAUCGACUCAAGUAUGGAAUAAUGUUUGUGACCUACCAAAAUUUACAGACUAUGGUGAAGCACGUAGAAUUAAAGGAUAUGGGGUUGACCAUAAUUGGACAAAAAGAAGUAUCUUUUGGGACCUCCCAUAUUGGAAGGAUAAUUUGUUGCGUCAUAAUCUUGAUGUUAUGCAUAUUGAGAAGAACUUUUUUGAUAAUGUGCUUAACACGGUGAUGGAUAAUGAGAAGACAAAAGACAAUGAGAAGGCUAGGAAAGACAUGGAACUUUAUUGUAAUCGAAAAUAA